AAAGAAAGAUACAUUUGGAAACGGCAUCUCCCCCCUCUGUAUAUAAGGACUCGCCCGAAUCACAAAAAUCAGAGAGAAAAAAAGGUUUACUUCUUCUGAGUCUUGAUUUUCUCCCGUCUCUUCGUUUUCCGGCGUCUUCAACUUCCCGGAAAAGUUGCUUCACUUUCUCCGACAUGGCGAACUUCCGGUGGCCGGCGAGGAUUUCGAAACUGUCAGUCAGAACGAAACAUUCCAACCUCUACCGCGUAACCAUCAUCGCCAUCCUCUGCGCCGCCUGCUACUUCAUCGGCCUCUGGCAAAACUCCCCCGGCAAAUUCUCACGCGCCACCGAUGGCUCGUUCAAAUCCUCCACCGUCGCCUGUACGACUUUCCAGCCUCACCCACCACCGCAUCUGGUCUUCGACUCCCAACACACCUCACCGGAUCCGCCUACCACGGCGGCACGCGUGGUCCGAAUCCCGGCGUGCGACGCGGAGCUGUCGGAGUACACGCCGUGCGAGGACGUGAACCGGUCGCUGCCGUUUCCUAGGGAGAGGCUAAUAUACAGAGAGCGUCACUGCCCGGAGAAGGGGGAAAUUCUCCGAUGCAGGAUUCCGGCGCCGUACGGGUACAUGGCGCCGUUCCGGUGGCCGGAGAGCCGUGACGUGGCAUGGUUCGCGAAUGUGCCGCACACGGAGUUGACGGUAGAGAAGAAGAGUCAGAACUGGGUGAGGUACGAGAAGGACAGGUUCUUGUUCCCCGGGGGCGGCACGAUGUUCCCUCGUGGCGCCGAUGCCUAUAUCGACGACAUCGGGCAGCUCAUCAAUCUCAGAGAUGGAUCUAUUCGAACAGCCAUCGACACUGGUUGUGGGGUGGCGAGCUGGGGAGCGUAUCUGAUGUCGAGGAAUGUAGUGGCGAUGUCGUUUGCCCCGAGAGACACGCACGAAGCUCAGGUUCAGUUCGCGUUGGAGAGAGGAGUUCCUGCUCUUAUCGGAGUUAUGGCUUCCAUCCGGCUCCCUUACCCUUCCAGGGCCUUCGACAUGGCUCACUGCUCCCGCUGCCUCAUCCCUUGGGCCCAACACAACGGGACGUAUCUGAUAGAGGUGGAUAGGGUUCUACGACCGGGAGGAUACUGGAUUCUGUCAGGACCUCCGAUCAACUGGCAGAGACACUGGAAAGGUUGGGAGAGAACAAAGGACGAUCUCAACGCCGAACAGACAGAGAUAGAGCGAGUGGCCAGAAGCCUGUGCUGGAAGAAACUUGUUCAGAAAGACGACCUCUCCAUCUGGCAGAAGCCCACCAACCACAUUCACUGCAAGCGCAACCGCAUCGCUCUCCGUCGUCCCCGCUUCUGCCGUUCUCAAGACCCCGACCUCGCUUGGUACACGAAGCUGGAUGACUGUUUGACACCCUUGCCAGAAGUGACAGGCUCCAACGUCAAAGAAGUAGCUGGUGGAGCGUUGGCUAAAUGGCCCGAGAGAUUAAACGUUGUUCCUCCGAGGAUCAGCAGCGGAAGUCUGAAAGGUAUCACCCCCGAUGACUUUGCAGGCAACUCUGAGACGUGGGAGAAGAGGGUCUCUUAUUACAAGCGCUUCGACCACCAAUUAGCUGAGAGAGGGAGAUACAGGAACUUACUUGACAUGAAUGCGCAUCUCGGUGGCUUUGCUGCUGCUCUUGUCAAUGACCCCGUCUGGGUCAUGAACGUCGUCCCUGUUGAGGCCAGUGUCAACACCCUAGGUGUUAUCUAUGAACGUGGAUUGGUCGGCACUUAUCAGAACUGGUGCGAGGCGAUGUCAACAUACCCGAGGACGUACGAUUUCAUCCAUGCAGACUCGGUGUUCAGUCUGUACAAGGGAAGAUGCGAGAUGCAGGACAUAUUGUUGGAGAUGGACAGGGUCCUGAGACCAAAGGGGAGUGUGAUAAUCAGAGAUGAUGUGGACGUGUUGGUGAGAGUGAAGGAGAUAACAGACGGCAUGCAGUGGGAAGCGAGGAUAGGGGACCAUGAGGGCGGGCCUCUUGAAAGGGAGAAGGUCUUGUAUGCCGUGAAGCAGUACUGGACCACUCCAGCCCCUGACCAGAUCUCUUAACCUGGAUGGACGACCACUGCCUCCCUCUUCCUACUCUUUUUUGGUGCUAUUCAUAAUUAUUUACAGAUCGAUGCCCAUUCUUUUC